UUAACACACAUCCAUCAUCCUCUCUUCUCCCUUAGCUUGCAACUGUCAUCCAAUAGUCACUUCUCUUUUGGAUGCUGUUGUUUGCUUCAGUGUUGCAGCGAGCAAGAGCCUAGUUUAUUCUUCUUCCCCUUUAAACGCUGCGUAUCAUCGGGAGGAGGCCGCCCCAAUAAUGGAGAAGCAAGGCAUAGUAACUAUCCUUUGUUCAGACUGUGAAAAGAGCAAAGCUGCACCUUUGAGAAUAACACUAUCUGCUGAUAUGUCUUCUAAAAAAUGGCUUGCAAAAAAUGGGUUUUUCUUCUCUAUUGAAAAGAUUUCAUCGCCAUCUGAUCAGGAGCUUGGUAAUCAAUCAGACGGUGAAGAAGAAUGCAGGAUAGAGAAGGAUGAUCUUCGUGUUGGAAAACCCUCUGCAUUAGAUGUUUGGGGUUCAAUUUUAUCAAAAAAGAGUGAAGAUUCUGCCAAGAUUCCAGAACCUUAUAUUCACCCUCUUGUGAAGAGAUCAGCCAGUUCUUUGAGUGAAAAAAGUCUGGAGAUUUGCACUGAAAGUCUUGGAUCAGAAACUGGUUCUGGUUGUUUUUCUUCUUACCCGGCAUCAGAGAUCAGUGAUGCAGAUGAAGAAAAAGAAGAUCAAGAAUAUGAACAAAAACAGCAGCAGCAACAACAAGUGAAAGAAUCGAACUCGUUCGAAGAUUUUCAUGUUGUCAAGUACAAAAAUUCUCCACCUCGGCCAUUCCCACCCCCAAUUCCUUCAAUUGCUGAUGGAAAUUCAAUCCAAAUACAAUCUCACCGAAGAAAUGGUAGGCUUAUUCUUGAAGCUGUUUCUGUCCCUCCAAGAAAUAAUUUCCAUGUUCAACGCCACAACGGCCGCCUUGUUUUGACUUUGAUCAAAACUCCCAUUUCCCCAGAGCAGCACAGUGGAAUGGUGGAGGAAAAUAACGUUCAAGAAUUCGAUGAAGUUUUCGAUGAUAUGGAAGAGAUUGAUCAAGAUGUUGAGGAGAAAAUAAAUGAUGGAGGCUACGAGGAGGCGGACGAGGAGAGAGUUAAGCAAAUUAGUGUAGCAAAGGGGCUGGAAUUUGUUAUCUAUCAAAACUCAAGAUCAUUGCCAAUUGGUGGGACGAUGAAGAAACUUAUGAGGCUAGCUAACAAGAACCCAAAAUGGUCUAACAAAAUUGUCAACUUGAAGGAAGUUGAGGAGCUUCCAAUUCCACAAUCACUCCCACCGCGGCCUGCCCGGGUGCCUCGUCUGAUCCCACCUCCACCACCGCUAGCCACCUCCUUCAACUCUUACCAAUACUUCUGGCGGAGCAAGACCAACCCACAAUCCUCACUCUUCAAGAACAAUUCAUACCAAGCCAAUGGUGCAAAAACAUAUCAUCAGCAAAAUAUGGUGCUCGUCAAAGGUAACACAAAUGACGAAUAUUUUCUUCCAUUAUCAUGGUCAUGCAAGAAGCCAGGAAGGUCCAUGUUGAUUUGGGAGCAUAACUGCGUAGCCACCUCCUGAUCAUCAAGAUUUCUCAUAAAUCCAAGUGUUCAUUAAAUAACCAUUUUUAGUUCCUAUAAUUAUGAUCACCUCAACUCUAUCUAAUUUAGCACACUAUCAGGAGAGAAUGAAUACUUUGAUUAUAUCACCACAUCAAACAAACAAAUAGUAGUAGUUUCAUUACAAGCUUACUUAUUUAUGUUACUAUUUCCGAUUCAUGUAAUAGAAUUUAAAGAAAUUUCACAUUCA